CGUGUAAACUCUGGAACUUCUAACGGUCGAGAGACCGCGGUAGCUUUCUAACCUGAAGUGUUGUUUUUAAAUGAUAAAGGAGAUUAAAUCAGGAGGUUUAAGGAGCGGAAGUGGACUGACUUUACUCCCUUACACCUCUGGGAACUCUAACUGGACUUCCGGUCCCUCUAACAUCACCUGUGAGUUUACUUUAACCGAGUUUACUGCAGGUAAGUUAAGCUAACAAGCUGAGUUAGCUUAACCCGGUCUGUAGUUCGAGCUAUAGACUGAAGGCUCGAGCUGACAUGUCGGAGCAAAGAGAGACUGAGGAGCUGGAGGUGAACCAAGAAGAGGAGGACAACAACAUAGGAACAGACCCAGGACCAGGUGGAGGUUCACCUGAGCCGACACCAGAGGUCGACAGAGAGCCGGGCAGUGAUGGAGAGGAGGUGGAGGCUGACAGGAGGAGCACAGACGUUGUGGAGGCUGCAGAAGAGGCUGGAUCUCAGACUGACCCCCAUGAGGACUCUGAGCAACUUCAAGAUCUUCAGAAAGCAGAGGGUGUUGGACUCUUGACAGGAACUGAUGUGUCUGAAGAAGCUGAAACUCAGGCUGAUCUUCCGGAAGAAGCGAGGCCGCUCAGAGAGCCUCAGAGGACAGACGAUGUGGGAAACUCUACGGCCACGGUAAAGGUGGUGCUGGUUCCAGAGGGUCACGUAAUGACCGCAGCAUUCGCCAUCAGCCUCAGCAUCCAGGAGCUGAAGCUUCACCUCGCCUCUGAGCUCCGAGUCCCUGCUGAGGUGCUGCAGAUCUCCCUGGACGGCAGAGUGGUGGAGGAGCAUCAGAGUCUGAUGGAGCUCGGUGUCCGGCCUCACGGCUCCACCCGGAUGGAGAUGUGCUCCACCGACCCGAGCACACAUCCACUCCGCCCUGUUCGACCGCCGGAUCACGACAACAUGCCGGACGUCAUCACAGUCCGAGUGCAAACCGAUGAGGAUGAGUUCAAGGAGGUGGUCGUGGAGAUUGAGCGUCCCCGUCAGCAGAAGGCCUUCCUGGGCGGCUACAAACACCGGCUGACGGGAGCAGAGUACCAUCACGCCGCCAUCCAGACCCUGCCCAAGAGGAGGCCCGACAGAGGAGUGGAGGUCUUCAGCCGUGACACACAGACGGCAGAGCUGAAGUCUCAGGUCCAGCAGUGUGCCGUCGACGUCUCCACACAGAUGACCUGGAUCGGCUGCUACGUCUCCUGUACGAAAGACAAGCUGGUCGCUCCGGGGAACUACAUCACCGCUGACGAGUACCACGACAGGAGGCUGAAAGCUGUGAUCCGUCUGCAGUCGUUUGUGCGGCGCUGGCUGGCCCAGCAGGAAGUGGACCGUCUGAGGAGUGACCGGGACCGGCGUCUGGCCUGGUUGGAGCUGCAGGAGAAGAAGAGGAACGAGGAGAAGGAGGAUCAGCUGAGAGACCGCCGCUGCCGCUGGAUGAACCCGCAGAGGAGGGAGGAUUUCAACCUGCUGUUCCAGGCUCUGGAGAAGUGGCGGUGUGAAGAGGAGCAGCAGAUCAACUCAACCCUGAGAGGAGCGGAGAGGAAGGCGGCGCUCUGCUCGCUGCUGGAGCAGGAGACGCAGCUUAUCGGCGCCAUCGGACGCCAUCACAUCGCCGCACAGAGCAUCAACUACGACAAAACUGUCAAGAGCUUCCUGGACAAGUCCGCAGCUCCUCACCAGUGGAGAGCAGCAGACGGGCGACUGAUCGAGAUGGACACGCAGCACACCCUCAGAGCCAGAGAGCUUAAAGAACUCUACAACGACACUAACCUGAGCGUCGUCAGCCAGGAGCAGAGACUCCAAGUCCUCAUGACGCUCAAACACACCGUCAAGGAGCACGAGUGUCAGCUGACUCAGGACAUCGUGGAUUUGAUUGACAGAGAAGUGGACCUGAUGACUCGGGGGGUUAAAGCAGCCAGUCUGGAGGGACUGAGGAAGAGGAUCUCCACUCUGUUCCUCCAGUUCAUCAAAACGCCGGCGUUUAACCCCAAGGCUGCCAGGCUGCUGAAGGUCCCCCAGAAUCCCUCGCAGCUGAAGAACAACAUGUUUCUCUGUCGGGGGUGUCACCGCUACCUCCAAUCCACCGACUUCAACCCGACCGCCAGCACCCGCCCCAGCGGUCGCUGCCGAGACUGCAUCGGACUCGACAACAUCGCCAGAACCCGCAACGACGUGUCCUGCUACAAGAGCAUCCUGAGGAGGCUGAGAGCGGACGAGCAGGAGAUCAACGACGACUCUAAGAUUCCCUUCCUGCUGCAGGUGGAGGAUAUGAGGUACCUGGUGGAGGUGAUCUGGGCGUCCCGCUCGGCCCUCCAUGGCAGCAGCGACCUCUACAGCCUGGUGUUUGUGCGCUGGGAGCGCCACAGAGACUGGAGCCCCUGGAACUGCAUCCUGCUGUCCAAAGAGGAAACCUCUGCUCACCUGGAGGUGGAAGACGUCCACAAGGCCUACGAGGCGACUUUCAUCCGCAGCAUCAAACACAAACACAUACUCGCUCGUCGACACUUCAGCCAGAUCUCCAUCGCGUCUGAGUACCUGGACUCUCAGCCGCCCGCUGCCCUGGGCAACCAGCUCGUCUCCAUGCCUAUCACCAUGACGACAGGCAAGCACGCCACCGACAGCACGCCGUCCUCGGCUCAUUAAGAAACACCCCGUGGUUUUUUCUUUCUUUCUUCUGUCCCCGUUUCCUCCCUCGCUCACAUUGCGUGUCACUUUUAAAGAACAUGUUGUCCAGAAUAAAGUUCUCUGAGCUCUGA